CGUGGCACAGGCUCCGCCACGGCCGCCUUCCCCGAGUCCCCGUCCCCUGGCUGGCUCCCGAGGGGCGCCCGGCCGCGCACCGCCGCUGCAGUGUUAGUUCCCGGCAGGAGCGGCGGAGAGCCCCAUAGAUAUGCGGGAGCUGCGCCCGGCGGACUAGAGUAGACGCUCUCCAGCGCUCGCCCGCCGCGCACCACGCGGGCCGGGGAGACAUCUGCCCCCCGCGCCGCCUCCUGCCCCGUCCUCGCGGGCGGUUCAGGUGCCAGUCCCGCCGGCUCCGGAGACGCGCCCGCCCCAGCGCCCUCGCCCGGCUCUCGCCUCCCUCGGCCCGGAGCCCGCACCCUCCCGGCGGCAAAGUUGUGACUACUUGGACGCGGGCGGCUCGCUCCCCGCCCGCUCCGCGCCUCGCGCCGACAACUUCCCGCGGCUCGGCCCCGCCGCGCCCGGCCCCGCACCUCCCGGAUCCCGCGGGCCCCCAGCCCCGGGCAGCGCUUCGGUGGCAACUACGGCCGGGGUAGCAGCGAAGGCGGCGGCGGCGGUGGCCGCUGCAGCCCCACACUCGGCCGCCAAACUGGAGGAGCGACGGAAGCCGGACCCCAGGAGGAUGGAGGAUGAAGCUGUCCUGGACAGAGGGGCUUCUUUCCUUAAGCAUGUGUGUGAUGAAGAAGAAGUAGAAGGCCACCACACCAUCUACAUUGGGGUCCAUGUGCCGAAGAGCUACAGGAGAAGGAGACGACACAAGAGAAAGACGGGACACAAAGAAAAGAAGGAAAAGGAAAGAGUCUCUGAGAACUACUCAGACAAGUCUGACGUGGAAAACGCCGAUGAGUCCGGCAGUAGCAUCCUCAAGCCGCUCAUCUCUCCCGCCGCAGAGCGAAUCCGAUUCAUCUUGGGCGAGGAGGAUGACAGCCCAGCACCCCCUCAGCUCUUCACCGAACUGGAUGAGCUGCUGUCCGUGGAUGGGCAGGAGAUGGAAUGGAAGGAGACGGCGAGGUGGAUUAAAUUUGAAGAAAAAGUGGAAGAGGGUGGGGAGAGAUGGAGCAAGCCCCACGUGGCCACAUUAUCCCUUCACAGCUUAUUUGAGCUGAGGACGUGUAUAGAGAAAGGAUCCAUCAUGCUUGACAGGGAGGCUUCUUCUCUCCCACAGUUGGUGGAUAUGAUUGUUGACCAUCAGAUUGAGACAGGCCUUUUGAAACCCGACCUUAAGGAUAAGGUGACCUACACUUUGCUCCGGAAGCAUCGGCACCAAACCAAGAAAUCCAACCUUCGAUCCCUGGCUGACAUUGGGAAGACGGUCUCCAGUGCAAGUAGAAUGUUUGCCAGCCCUGAUAAUGGUAGCCCAGCCCUGACCCAUAGGAAUCUGACUUCCGCCAGUCUGAAUGACAUUUCUGAUAAACCUGAGAAGGACCAGCUGAAGAACAAGUUCAUGAAAAAACUGCCCCGUGAUGCAGAAGCCUCCAACGUGCUUGUCGGGGAGGUCGACUUCUUGGAUUCGCCUUUCGUUGCCUUUGUUCGGCUGCAGCAGGCAGUCAUGCUGGGUGCCCUGACUGAGGUCCCUGUGCCCACCAGGUUCUUAUUCAUUCUCCUAGGUCCUAAGGGGAAAGGCAAGUCCUACCAUGAGAUUGGCAGAGCCAUUGCCACCUUGAUGUCUGACGAGGUGUUCCAUGACAUUGCUUAUAAAGCAAAAGACAGGCAGGACCUGAUCGCUGGCAUUGAUGAGUUCCUAGAUGAAGUCAUUGUCCUUCCCCCUGGGGAAUGGGAUCCAACGAUCAGGAUAGAGCCUCCUAAGAGUCUUCCAUCGUCCGACAAAAGAAAGAACAUGUACUCAGGUGGAGAGAAUGUUCAGAUGAAUGGGGACACACCCCAUGAAGGCGGCCAUGGAGGAGGAGGAGGACAUGGGGACAGUGAAGAAUUGCAGAAAACUGGACGGUUCUGUGGUGGACUAAUUAAGGACAUAAAGAGGAAAGCACCAUUUUUUGCCAGUGAUUUUUAUGACGCUUUAAAUAUUCAGGCUCUAUCAGCAAUUCUCUUCAUUUAUCUGGCGACUGUAACUAAUGCGAUCACGUUUGGAGGACUGCUUGGGGAUGCCACUGACAACAUGCAGGGCGUGUUGGAGAGCUUCCUGGGCACAGCUGUCUCUGGAGCCAUCUUCUGCCUCUUCGCUGGUCAGCCCCUCACUAUACUGAGCAGCACGGGGCCUGUUCUGGUUUUUGAGAGGCUUCUAUUUAAUUUCAGCAAGGACCAUGACUUUGACUACUUGGAGUUCCGCCUUUGGAUUGGCCUGUGGUCAGCCCUCCUGUGCUUCAUUUUGGUGGCCACCGAUGCCAGCUUCCUGGUUCAGUACUUUACUCGCUUCACCGAAGAGGGCUUCUCUUCUCUGAUUAGCUUCAUCUUUAUCUACGAUGCUUUCAAGAAGAUGAUCAAGCUAGCCGAUUACUACCCCAUCAACUCUGACUUCAAAGUGGGCUACAAUACUCUCUUUUCCUGUACCUGUAUGCCGCCCGACCCAGUUAAUAUCUCAAUAUCUAAUGACACCACAUUGGCUCCAGAGGAAUUGCCAACUACUGACACGUACUACAAUGCUACCUUUGACUGGGCACUUUUGUCGAAGAAGGAGUGUUUGAAACAUGGGGGCCAGCUCGUGGGGAGCAACUGCGAUUUUGUUCCUGAUGUCACACUCAUGUCUUUCAUCCUCUUCUUGGGCACCUACACCACUUCCAUGGCUCUGAAAAAAUUCAAAACCAGUCGAUACUUUCCAACCAUGGCAAGAAAACUGAUCAGUGAUUUUGCCAUCAUCUUGUCCAUUCUCAUCUUUUGUGUAGCAGAUGCCCUGGUAGGUGUGGAUACUCCAAAACUAAUUGUGCCAAGUGAGUUCAAGCCAACGAGUCCGAACCGCGGUUGGUUUGUCCCACCAUUUGGAAAAAACCCCUGGUGGGUGUACCUGGCAGCUGCUAUCCCCGCUUUGUUGGUCACCAUUCUCAUUUUCAUGGACCAGCAAAUCACAGCUGUGAUUGUCAACAGGAAGGAGCAUAAACUCAAGAAAGGAGCUGGAUAUCACCUGGAUCUCUUUUGGGUGGCCAUCCUCAUGGUGGUGUGUUCCUUCAUGGCUCUUCCAUGGUACGUGGCUGCGACUGUCAUCUCCAUUGCUCACAUCGACAGUCUGAAGAUGGAGACGGAGACCUCUGCCCCUGGAGAACAGCCCAAGUUUCUUGGAGUGAGGGAACAAAGAGUCACUGGAACACUUGUGUUUAUUCUGACUGGUCUGUCAGUCUUUAUGGCUCCCAUCUUGAAGUUUAUUCCCAUGCCUGUACUCUAUGGCGUGUUCCUGUAUAUGGGGGUAGCAUCCCUUAAUGGUGUCCAGUUCAUGGAUCGCCUGAAGCUGCUCCUGAUGCCUCUGAAGCAUCAGCCUGACUUUAUCUACCUGCGCCAUGUCCCGCUGCGCAGAGUCCACCUGUUCACCUUCCUGCAGGUGUUGUGUCUAGCCCUGCUCUGGAUCCUCAAGUCAACCGUGGCUGCUAUCAUUUUUCCAGUCAUGAUCUUGGCACUGGUAGCUGUCAGAAAAGGCAUGGACUACCUCUUCUCCCAGCACGACCUCAGCUUCCUCGAUGAUGUCAUUCCAGAAAAGGAAAAGAAGAAGAAGGAAGAUGAGAAGAGAAAGAAAAAGAAGAAAGGAAGUCUGGACAGUGACAUUGAUGAUGAGAAAGAUCACCAACAUUCCUUGAACACCACACAUCAUGCUGAUAAAAUUCCUUUUCUUCAGUCACUGGGUAUGCUCAGUCCUCCUAAAACUCCAGUACAAGGUGUGCCUCAAAUCAGAAUAGAACUUGAGCCGGAUGACAAUGAUGAUUACUGGAGGAGCAAGGGAACAGAAACUACAUUGUAACUUGUUUGUCUUUCCUCAAACUAACAGAUUUUGUUGUUCAUGGUCUUGUUUUUUUUCGUCUGGUUGUUUAUUUUUAAUUCUUGUUUUGUUUUGGGUUUUGGUCAUUGGCCAAAUAGUACAGUGCUCUCUCUGCUUCUCCCUCGCGUAAGGUAAAACUAAGACAGUAGUGCACCAUUCCUGAAAAACAGCACCUGAAGAGUCCCCUUUUCGUUAUACGCUCAGAUGUAUCCUCUGACAACCAAAUUCCUCUGUCAUGCAAGACACGCACAGACCCCGUCCUUUUCCCUUUCUUAACCAGAGGUCAAAAGUAUUAAGGAUUUUAUAACACCUUUCAUUCAAAUACUGAAGGAACUUACCACUUGAGCUUUGGAGCUGUGCUUACUGGCUUGUCUUUCUGUCUGGCAGAACAAACCUUGAUCUCCAGACAGAGUUUCCUCUCGCUUACGGAGCUCUCCAGAACUGGAAAAGUGCUGCUAUUCUAAUUUGCUCUUGCUUAGGAACCCUAAUCCUAGAAUUCUCAAAAGAAGAAAAACUAAAGGUACUUUAUUCCCUGUAGCGAAACUAUUGCCAUCAUUGUAGCAAGUGCUGGAAUGUCCCUUUUUCCUAUGCAACUUUUUUUAACCCUCUAAUGAACUUAUCUGUUGAGUACAUUUGAAGAAUAUUUUUCUUCCUAGAUUUUGUUGUUUAAAUUAUGGGGCCUAACCUGCAACUUAUUUUUUUGUCAAUUUUUUAAACUUUUUUUUAAUUAC